GUGUGGGGAGGCUUGUUAUUUAUUCGUAGCAGAGCGAUAAAAGAGGACUAGAAAGCCGAUCCUUUACUUUUUCCCUUCUUUCUUUCCCUCCACAGAGCAAAGAAAAAAAAAACCAGGAUGCUUCAAUUUGACAACGGUCGGUCCCACCCGCACACAUCUCCUAGAUUUCAUCCUCAUCACCCUCGUCGCCACCACAACAGUCAACAGCAACAUCACGGCAACACCAGUAGUAGUAGUAGUACGCCCGAUGGAUAUUGGCCCAUGUAUGCUCCAGCAUUGUAUCCUUGCUACUACUAUCACCCACAGAACGGAAUGAUGAUGAUGGUGCCACAAGCCGUAGUAUCACCAUCUGCUGCCCAUCCUGCCGUCAUGAGCCCCAUCCCCGAGCACCAUCGUACAAAGCAUCCUCAAUCACCACCAUCACAACGACGGCGGCGCAUGAACGACGAUGAUACCCCGCUCGCUUUAUUAGCACAUCAGAAGCGUUCACCAGCGCCUCCAUCCUCAUCACCACCACCACCUAAUCUCCGUCAAAACUCGUCUCCUUUACUACGAUCACCACCGUCUUGUUCAUCCCAGCAACAACAACACCGCCUACUAGCAACACGGCAGCAGACGGCUCCGCAGCUUUCAUCGCCAUCGUCAUCACCACCACCACCGCCACAACUCCUGUCAUCCCCUCCAUCAUCAUCCCCACAACAACAACAGCAGCAGUCAAAACCUUAUCCGGCUCCUUCUUCACGGCCUCGGUCGCCACCGCAACACCAGCAAUCGAGGCCAUUAUCACCACCACUAGCACCACAGCAAAAAGGACUGGUGCCAUCAUCGCAUCCAUUAGGAGGACGUAGCUAUAGUAAUAGUAGUAGUAGUCAUUGCCAACAGCAGCCAUCACCACAAAUGCAACGUAAUAAUCAAGACCCUCUUUUUCCACAACGCAAACACUCUGCGCCCUCAGCAGCAUCUCGUUAUCAUCCUGCACAACAACAACAACAACGAAAUAAACAGAGGAUGUUAGCAGCAGCAGGACAGCAACGACAAUUGCCUCAAAGAAAAAACUCAGCCGCCUCGCAUCCCGCACAUGCACGUCCGCGGCGAUGGCCUAGUGGUAGUAACUCCUCCUCCUCUUCUUCCUCAACAUCAGGCCCAAGUUCAUCCUUGGUCCGGUCGGCAUCAUUACCCACAAAUACACAUGCACAGCAACAGCUACAACAGAAGAAGCAAAAGCAGAAGUGGCACCAAAAACAACAAGACGAUGAUGAUGGUGAUGAUGAUGAUUCUUCUUCUUCCACCAACAACAAACCUACCAACAGUAUCGUUACUAAAGCUAGACGUUGGUUCUCACUUAAUCGUCGCCAACAGCAACAACGUUGAAAAAAUAAUAAAAAAAUACAUGUUUUGUCUUUUUUUUCGAAAUACAUGCACAUGAAAAUAUAUAUAUGACGUGAUUGUUAG